AACUACGUUCUAACCAUAUACACACACACACAAACCAGACAUGUUGACAUUCUGUCCAAACUGCUCAAACAUGCUACUUAUAGCACCGGGAGACGACGGUUGUAACAAGUUCUACUGUUCCACUUGUCCCUACGAAUUCAAAAUCAAUGGAUUACAAAUGUAUGAACGAAAGAAAUUAUCUCGAAAGGAAGUCGAUGAUGUUCUAGGUGGUGAAGGAACCUGGGAUGAUGUUGAUCAAACUGCUGCUCAAUGUCCUAUUGAUUCUUGUGGUGGUAUGAAGGCUUAUUUCUUCCAAUUACAAAUUAGAUCGGCCGAUGAACCAAUGACUACAUUCUAUAAAUGUGUUAAAUGUGGUCACAGAUGGAAGGAAAAUUAGAGAAAAGUUUUUGUUAUUGUUGUAUAUUAGUGUGUAUAUUAUUUAUUUAUAGACUUUUGGUUGUUUUUAGUCAAAGAUUUCAAGGUGAAUUUACACCAAUCUCGUCUGUCUUUCUGUAGACUUUUCUUUACCUCUUAGACUCUCUCAGUAUUUAAAAAUAGAGCGACAGAU